CGGCUGCCUUCUUUGUCCUGGAUUGGGGAGUCGAGCGCCUCCGUCGCCAUUGGCUUUCCUCCCCCAGCUCCAGCCUCUCUCAUCUUGGGAAUCUGCGUCAGAAGUCACUCGCAGUCCUGCCAGCCCAGGUCACCAGCCCAGCUGAAGAUACCUCUUCCAUGCCUUCAGGACAAGAGAUUUAAGUCCUUCUGAACACUUGGAAAGCGCAAGAACACCCAGAAGAGAGUAGAAAGGGACUUCCAACGUGCCUCUGACUACUCACACCUCUCUGAAGCUACCAGCAGUGAAUGCGCCCCAACAAGUGAAGAAGAUCAGAUAGAGGCAUUUCUGCCACAACCAGAACUCUAGUGGAAAGCCAGCUACUGGGAGACCUAAGGCUUCCAUUCAGAAGAAACGCACCAUGAAUGUGCUUAGAAGCUUACUAAUUUGUUUCUGUCUUUGUAUCCUUUCUUCAGGAUGGAAGGACAACUCCAUGGUCCGUAUUGCUCAGUCACUGGCUUCCUCCAUGCAGGCAGUAGACUGUUGGAUCUGUGUUCCGAGAGCCCGAGCUGUUGUAGAUCACAAUGACCCUCUUGUCCACCCUGUCACUAAUUUCACUCAGGUUCCAGAUGGGGUGUGGACACCAACACUGGACCUCCGAGCCCGUACUAUUAUGUACCGGGUGCGGAUAGUGCACUCUCCAGUUGAGGGUUCCUCUGGUGUCCCCUGUCUUACUCUUCCCCUUAUCGCAGCUAAUACCAUCUACAUAACUCACAUCGAUGACAGUCGCAGGGAAACCAGAAUUCCCGAGUAUUUUGAAAUGAUUCCCCCUCCCAAGCCAGGGCAGUUACCUAUGUGUGUCCAGAAAAACACUCGCUUUUCCGCUGAGGAGUUUAAAGUCAUAGCUGAUUACUCCUUCCAGAAUCAUCCUUGGAUAGAACGGACAGGGUUUCGAGUGGGGGAAUACUUCCACACUAGAGAUCCAUUGAAGUAUUUUAAAGAUGAAAUGGUUUUCUGUGCCCCCUCAGGAUUUGUGUUUGUCUGUCAAAUUAGUGGACACCCCUGGGCAACGAACUGCCUAAGAAACUUUUCUACCCCUACCCAGUGCCUGCUGAGCACCCUCAUUACACCAUUCUCCAUCCAUUCUGUGAAUGAAUCUGCUCAUUGGGCAAGCCCUUUGAAGCUUUUGACUAGAGUAACACGUGAUUUACCAAGAGAGGUACCAGAUGGGUUUUGGUAUAAUUUUGGCCAUUCCCUUUUACCCUGGUGGGGAGUGGCUGCCCAUCCAUGGGUACUUCAAAACCUUUCCCAAACUCUGAUAACCAUAGCUAAUGAAACAGCUUUAUCCCUUCCUGAUCUACAACACUCCUUGGACUCUUUGGCCAAAGUCAUGCUGGAUAAUCGAAUGGCCCUAGAUUACAUGCGGGCUGAGCAAGGGGGUGUGUGUGCAGUUGCUAAUAUGUCCUGUUGUACUUACAUCAACACUUCCUCCCAGGUGGAAACCAGUAUAGAAAAGAUUAGACAGAAAGCUACUUGGUUGAAACAAGCAUGAGAGCAUCAAGUAUCUAUCCACUUUCGACAGCAGGGGCCUAGGUUGAUGGACUAUUUUCUAGUUCUUUUCUCUGGAUCCCAGAUGGUGUCUAUUCUGUUUUUAUUAGUUACUUGCAUUUUGAGAUGACCAUCGUGUGGAUUCUAGUCAGUAUAUAUACUUUUCUGCCUGGCAUUCUGUGUACCCUAUCUAUGUAAAACCACAGUGGGGCCUUUAAAAGACACAAAUUACUGGCAAAGACAAAGUAUAUGUACCUUCCAGAAAAUUUCCCUGACAUCACCCAAUUUCAGAAGGAAGCAGACAAGAUGAUAACAACGCACCUUCUUUCCGUAGAAAUAGGAAGAAAAAAAUGCCAACAGGAAAAUUUUAACAGAGACAAUCUAAAUAUGCUCUUGGUUGUAGUUUUAGUCUGGAAACUAACUUGCUUUACUAACCAGCCUGCUUUGUGUGGUAACUCAAGUUUAUUGACAAUUCUUUCUCUCUCUCUCUCUUUCUCUUUUAUUCUUUCUCUCUUUCAUUCUUUCUCUCCCUUUCCUUCCACAUGGGAGGAAUUCAAGAUUAAAGUUCAAGAUUAACAGUCUUUUGGCUCCCUAUCUUGCUGACUUAAGAAAGUAAGACAUACAACUUCAAACCAUCAGCAAGACAUACAACUUCAAAAACUGGCACCAGUAAAUGGAGAGAUAAGUGAUCACUCCAGAUCACUCUCCGGCACUGAGUCAUGGCUUCUAAUCAUGAGUCUGAACACUCAGAAUCUACUUCCUGGACUUUCACUUAACAACCCUCAAUCCGUGGAGGACUAGGGUGGGGACAGCUUUUGAGAUGUUAGUCUGAUGUUUUCUUCCUUUGCCUGGCAAAUCAAUAAAACUUAUUUUCCUUUUUUUUUUCCCUAAAAAUGCUGCUGUCAUUACUUGUGAACUAGCACAG